AUAACUAUCUAACAACAGCAGAGGGAACCUUAGUCGCCUAACACAGAUGGAAAGCAAGGUUGAGAAUAUCGCAGAAAAAAGAAGGCAAAAACACUUAUAAAGAAGGCAAAAUAAUGGGGUAUUCAUCCAAAUAAAGGAACUUCCUCUUUCUCUAACUAAACAGGCUUACUAAUUAAAUGAUCUUUCCUUUUAUUUUGCAACCAUGCACCAGUUACCUUAUACGCACCAAUUACCUUAUCAACAUCAUCAUCAUCGCACUUCUUCUGACCUUCAUGCUAGCUCAUGGCGCUGAUCUCCACCCCACCACUCUGGGAGAUGGUGACGAGAGCUUGGGAGAGAGAUGCGCAGAGAGCGUUGGAGAAGAAGGUGAAGAGUGCUUGACCAGAAGAACCCUCCAGGCCCAUCUUGAUUACAUCUACACACAACCUCAUCCACCCCACCUCCCCUUCCCCUAGCCAGCCCCGAUAUUCCAAUUAUCUGUGCUUUUCUUUCUUUCUUUCUCCCCUUUCAAGCAAAAGGAAGAGCAUGAUUGAUUGCACCCAAGUUAUAUAGUUAACAAUAAGAGGAGAAAGUAUUUUCAAUUAGCACAUGGCAAGACAUGGAUGUUCAUGAU